ACGUCAGACUGCGCGGUUCCCGCCAAUUCAUGCAGUAUUACUGACUGAGAGUUCGCAGCGCCAUGGAGUCGUUUGAUCCAGCCGAGCUCCCCGAGCUGCUCAAGCUUUAUUACCGGAGGCUCUUCCCCUAUCCCCAGUACUAUCGCUGGCUCAACUAUGGCGGAGUGGUAAAGAAUUAUUUUCAAAACCGCGAAUUUUCGUUCACAUUGAAAGAUGAUAUUUACAUUCGCUAUCAAUCAUUCAACAAUCAGAGUGAUCUGGAAAAGGAAAUGCAGAAAAUGAAUCCAUACAAGAUUGAUAUUGGCGCAGUGUAUUCCCACAGACCCAAUCAACACAAUGCUGUGAAGCUGGGAGCCUUCCAGGCUCAAGAGAAAGAACUGGUGUUUGACAUUGACAUGACAGACUAUGAUGAUGUGAGAAGAUGCUGUAGCUCUGCAGACAUAUGCUCCAAGUGCUGGACCCUCGUGACAAUGGCCAUACACAUCAUUGACCGAGCACUGAAAGAGGACUUUGGGUUUAAGCAUCGUCUCUGGGUAUAUUCUGGAAGGAGAGGUGUUCAUUGUUGGGUCUGUGAUGAAUCAGUUAGAAAAUUGUCCUCUGCAGUACGUUCUGGGAUAGUUGAAUAUUUGAGCCUUGUAAAGGGUGGCCAGGACGUUAAAAAGAAAGUUCACCUAAGUGAAAAAAUUCACCCUUUUGUCAGAAGAUCUAUACACAUAAUUAAAAAAUACUUUGAAGAAUAUGCAUUGGUUGAUCAAGACAUUCUUGAAAAUAAAGAAAGCUGGGAUAAGAUUUUAGCUCUUGUUCCUGGGACAAUUCAUGAAGAACUUCAGACAUGCUUCCAGAAGUCUCACAAUUCAGUUCAGCGUUGGGAGCAUCUGAAAAGAGUAAUCAACACAUGUCAGAAUAUCAAAAAUGACAAAUGUGGACCCUGGCUGGAGUGGGAAAUUAUGCUGCAGUACUGUUUUCCACGGCUGGAUAUCAAUGUUAGUAAAGGAAUCAAUCAUUUACUGAAGAGCCCUUUUAGUGUUCAUCCUAAAACAGGUCGGAUUUCUGUGCCUAUUGAUUUACAGAAAGUGGAUCUGUUUGAUCCCUUUACUGUUCCUACAGUAAGCUCCCUCUGCUGUGAAUUAAAUGUCAUUUCCACUAAUGAAAAGGAAAAAGAGGAGAAUGAAACUGAAUCUGAUAUCAAACACAGAACCAGAGAUCAUAAGAAGACCAGUCUAGCACCUUAUGUGAAAGUAUUUGAACAAUUUCUUGAAAACCUGGAUAAAUCUCGAAAAGGAGAACUUCUCAAGAAGAGCGAUUUACAGAAAGAUUUCUGAAGAUAACAACUUCCCUCAAACCAGUGUGGAUAUCUUCUACAUUCAACCAAGGAUCAAAUACUUCAAGACCCAUUUAAUAAAUAUGACAGAAAUAUAUGUGUCUUAAUGCUUAAAACACAAUUUCCUUUUUUAAAAUAAAACUUUAUUAAACUAAAAA